AUGUCUUCUGGUGUACCCAUCAAGCUUCUAAACGAGGCACAGGGCCAUGUUGUGUCUCUAGAAUUAACCAAUGGAGAUACCUACCGCGGCAAGUUGCAAGAGUCCGAGGACAACAUGAACUUAUCGCUUGGCGAUGUGACCAUCACCAAAGGAAAAACAGGAGAAACUACAUACAAAGGCCAGGUGUUUGUCAGGGGCUCGAUGAUACGAUUUGUCAGCGUACCUGACAUACUACAGUAUGCUCCAAUGUUCUUCAUGAAGCCCGGCGAGAAGCCAAAGCCUCCUGUGAGAGGCCCUCCACCAAAGAGAACAAAGCACUAG